AUGACCUUCCGGGUCAUUACACAUUUUGUCCGGAAAAAGGUGGCUCGCGGCCAAGUUCGCGUGUUACAUGUCCCCUCGCGUUAUCAUAAUGCAGACAUAUUCACCAGAGCUCUUCCUUUGGUGUUAUUUGAGGACUUUCGGGACAGUCUUAGCAUUCGGCGACCUCCUGCUUCGACAGAGGAGUGUUGGGACAUUUUGACCAGUGGAAAUAAUGUGAUUGAGUUAGAUCGAGUACUAACAGGAAAUUUUCCGGGAAACAACAUCACGAUUAUUCAGCCUAAUAAUAUGCAUAAGGAAAUGUUUGUGCUUGAAGAGACGAGUAUUGAUGAAAUGGGAGCAUUUUUAGUCUAUGCACCCAUAGAUUUGCGAGCAAUCACUUCAAUUGUCAAUGGAGGUGAUGCAACAAAAGUUCCCAUUUUGCCCUCUGGUAUCAUCAUAAGUCCCGAUGGUCGGCUCUCCUCGAAUAGGGACAACACUGCAAAUGCACAAAAUGGUUCAAUUUUGACAGUGACAUUUCAAAUAAUGAUUUGUGGUGAUAAUAAUCCAACCUCCAGGCAGCAAAAAAUGGAGAUUUCAAAACGAAGACUAUUGAUGGUUUUGAAGGAUGAUGUGUUCCCUUUUUUGUGACUUCUAAAAUAACAAGACUGUGAGACAUGUCUUGCUACAAUUAUAUUUUACAUUGAUACACUUAAUUGAGACUUCUUAUUUGUUUGGUUUUAUCUAAUCAUUGUUUUUGUUCUU